AUGGCAACGCAUGGGGCGGCGCGUCGCGAAGGCGCCGGCGUCGUGACGAGCCAAGGAGAGCUGUCCGGAGAUGCGCGCUUUCUUGGUCACUCUGCUGCCCUUCACGAUCUACAGGAUUUUGUCCAAAGCAGGCAGAUACCCUAUCUGGGGCAGUGGUAUUCGCGGAUAGCCCUUCAGCACCUGGGCAUUCAGAUCUCCAUGAAUGAAAGGGUCGUCGAGUGGGCAGAUGAGGGACGAUACCUGAUCCGCGAGGUCCACACGCACGGCGAUCAUGUCAUAGCAGAGACUGUACUGAAUGGCGGCGAACUCCCCAGAAGUGUCCCAGACGAGCAAAAGGGCGGGCGGCCUUCCCUGCAGCGCGCAGCUUGGGACGUGGAAGCCGUGAUGUUUGGAAGUUUCGGUGGCCGGCCUUCGAGUGAAAGUUCUGUGAGGCAGAUGUCGCUCACCAUCAAGACCAACCUGGGCCCGCUCAAGGUCGAGCUGUUUUGUGCCCAGACGCCCAAGACGUGCAAGAACUUCUUGGCGCUAGCCGCUUCCGGCUACUAUGACAACACGAACUUCCAUAGAAACAUCAAGGGAUUCAUGAUCCAGGGCGGCGACCCCACAGGCACUGGCAAAGGUGGCCAGAGCAUCUAUGGAGGCUACUUCGAGGACGAGUUUGUGUCCACGCUGAAACACGAGAGAAGAGGCAUUCUCUCGAUGGUGAACACUGGCCCCAACACCAACGGCAGCCAAUUCUUUGUGACGUACUCUCGCCAGCCACACCUCAAUGGUGUUUACACUACGUUCGGGAGGCUGAUCGAUGGCUUGGACACCCUUGACAAGAUGGAGAAGGAGCCCAUCAACGCCAAGAACAGGCCAAUGCGGCCAAUCAAGAUUGAGGAUUUCAAGCAGGAGCUCAUCCGCAAGCAUGGGCUGCGGACUUCUUACAAUGAUUUCUUCAGCGGCCCGGACUUGAUCCCGAACAUGCAGCCCAUGCAGGUCUUCAAUGAUGCGACCGACGACUUCGGUGCACCACCUGUGGGCUUGGCGGAAAUCAGUGCAACUGGCCCGCGAAAACGGGACUUCAUCCUUGAGGAGGUUCAGCCGGGCCAAGCAGGACGCCGUCAGGUCGAUAUCCCGAUCCAGUCACCGGGCGAGGCGCAGGCGUUUGCGGCAAACUACGCCGCUGCGUCCCAUGUGCCCGUAGAUGUAGACCUCGCGAAGAACGAGAUCAUUCCCGAUGAUCCCGUCGAGACGAGUGGCACUUUCGACGACAACCCCGAGGAGGAAGUGCAGUACUGGGUCAUGGAGGGCGACGGCUCCGGACCUGUGGUUGUCCGCCAUGAGCAUCACGUUAGCCAUCACCAUGAGCAUGGUCAUGAUGGUCACCACCACCACGGGGACGCUGGUCGCGGCACGUACUCCGAGCAUGAAGAGACGGUGACGCACACUGUGCCACAUGGUCAGGGUGAUGGCGGCCACGUGACGGUGCGACAUCAUCUGAUCUCCCAUCAGGUGCACAGUGAACCUCAUCGGCAGCGCUACGUGCCGCCUCCAGAGCCACAAGAGGACCUGCGACUCCUAGACGAGCCACAGGUGGAGCCCUUGCAGCCCAAGAUCAUUGCUGGUGGCCUUCUUGCCAUCUUUGCGCAGGUUUACCUCUGGGGCAACGUCUUUGUCACGUUGUUCAAGCCGAACCGUGCAAGUCCAGCACAGCCAGGCGCGGCACCUGCGCCAGCUGGGCAUGGAGCUCCUGGUGGCCCAGUGCCGGCUCCUCCUGCGCAGGAGUCUGCGCCACCGGCCCCGCUCGUGCUCUUCGGUGCCGGCGGUACUCUUGGAGAUUCCGUACCAGUGACGCGCCCAGCCCCAGCGGACUCCGCCGCGACCACAUCUUCGACUCGACCCAGCGACACUUGA